AUGUAUGUUCGUAUCGGGGACCCCAUUGGCAAGAAGCUGAUCAGGAAAAAGGUUUUUGAAUGUGUGUUCUAUCUGGGCUUCUGUUUGGAUGAAGCCGACCUAGACGCCCAGUGGGAACAGUGGAAGAACAUCUAUGAAUUCGAAUAUGAUGAUGAUGAUGUUGAAGAGUACUGGAAGGAGAACUGGAAGGAGAACAUGCGUACGAUUGAAGUCCACAACCAAGAAGCAGAACAGGGCAAACACUCCUACAAACUGGGGAUGAACCAUCUCGGAGACAAGGUCAGUCUGGAGACUGAAACAGGCCUUUAUGUGGAACUCUCUUGGAAUCGCUCGUCUGAGGGAGUUUACUAUAACAAUUGGUCACUGGCGGCGUUACCCAAAUCUAUCGACUACCGUGAGAAAGGCAUGGUGACUCCAGUCAAAGACCAGGGAUCAUGUGAGUCCUGUUGGGCAUUCAGUGCUGCGGGGGCCCUCGAGGGACAGUUGGCCAAGAAGACGGGCCAACUGCUGAACCUCAGUCCUCAGAACCUGCUGGACUGUGACAAUCAGAGUCAUGGCUGCAAAGGAGGAUACAUGACCACGGCCUUUGAGUAUGUUGCAGAGAAUGGAGGCAUUAACUCUGAGGAGGACUACCCGUACAUGGGAGAGGUCAACAGGUGCCGCUACAAACCAUCAGCCACUGCAGCCCAGGUCAAAGACUAUAAGGAGAUUGCAGAGGGGGACGAAUGUGCUCUGGCUCAAGCCCUGUAUCACGUGGGUCCCCUGUCUGUGGCUAUCGACACCAACCAUGCAAAGUUCCAGCUAUACAAGAGUGGUGUUUACUACAACCCAGAAAAUAAGAAAGACCUCUUGAAUCACGCCAUGCUGUUAGUGGGCUAUGGAGAGACCGCAGAGGGGUUGAAAUACUGGAUUUUGAAGAACAGCUAUGGGACGGAUUGGGGCGAGGAGGGUUACAUCCGGAUUGCACGUGACCGUGGCAACCACUGUGGUAUUGCCAGCAGCGCCAGCUACCCGGUCCUGUGA